GUGUGGGGCUAUGGCGGGCUGGGCGCUGCGGGGCUUGGCGCUGGCGCUGCUGGCGGCGCUGCCCGCGGCCGUGCUGGGCGACACGCCGGCGAACUGCUCCUUCGCCGACCUGCUGGGCGCCUGGGAGCUCCGCGUCUGGCGGGCCGGCGGCCGCCACGGCAACUGCUCGCAGGCGGGGCCUGUGGAGAAAAAGGUGGUUGUCAAUCUUCAGAAGCUAGAUGUGGCUCAGGAUAGUCUGGGCAACUAUGGUUUCUUCACUUUGAUUUACAAUCAAGGCUUUGAAAUUGUGAUAAAUGACUACAAGUGGUUUGCGUUUUUUAAGUACAAAAAGGAAGGCCAGAAUGUAACCAGCUAUUGCAAUGAGACCCUGCCAGGAUGGGUACAUGAUGUACUUGGCCGCAACUGGGCUUGUUUCAUAGGACACAAGAUUUCUUCAUCUCCAUCCGAUGUUCACAUCAACGAGCUACCUCUCCAGAAGCCUGGGGGAAGACUCUCCCACAGACGUUACGUUCACAACGUCGACUUUGUAAAUGCUAUCAAUGCUCACCAGAAGUCAUGGAGAGCGACAAGAUACGAGGAGUAUGAGAAUUUUGCCCUGGAAGAACUAACUAAAAGAGCUGGGGGUCUCUCUUCCAGAGCUUCGAGACCAAAGCCUGCACCUCUAACACCUGAGUUACUCAAGAAAGUUUCAAGCUUGCCAGAAUCCUGGGACUGGAGAAAUGUGAAUGGUAUCAAUUAUGUCAGUCCUGUUCGGAAUCAAGGCUCAUGUGGCAGCUGUUACGCAUUUUCCUCCAUGGGCAUGCUGGAGGCAAGGAUACGUAUCCUCACAAACAACACUCAGAAACCAGUCUUCAGUCCCCAGCAGGUUGUGUCUUGCAGCCAGUAUUCUCAGGGUUGUGAUGGUGGCUUCCCAUAUCUCAUUGGUGGAAAGUAUGUCCAAGACUUUGGUGUGGUGGAAGAGGACUGCUUCCCUUACACAGGCCAUGACUCUCAGUGCCUUUUCAAGCGCAGCUGUUACCACUACUACACGUCUGAGUACCACUAUGUUGGUGGUUUCUAUGGAGGCUGCAAUGAAGCCCUGAUGAAACUUGAGCUUGUUCUGCAUGGCCCAAUGGCUGUUGCCUUUGAGGUUUAUAAUGAUUUCAUGCUGUAUAAAGAAGGGAUCUACCAUCACACCGGGUUACAAGAUGAUUUAAAUCCUUUUGAAUUGACCAAUCAUGCUGUUUUACUGGUGGGCUAUGGUAAAGACCCAGAAAGUGGUGAGAAAUUCUGGAUUGUGAAGAACAGCUGGGGCACCUCAUGGGGAGAAGAUGGCUUCUUCAGAAUCCGCCGUGGCACUGAUGAAUGUGCAAUUGAAAGCAUUGCAGUGGCUGCAACUCCUAUUCCAAAGUUAUAAUGUAAAUGUCUUCAUCCAGUGUCUCAGUGUCCUGAGCCAUGAGAAUGCACUGAUGCUUGAAGAUUCUGGUUAAAAUCUGUUCCCUGGCUUGAAAAGACAGCUUUAAAGAAUUUUUCAAAAACAGAGCAGUUUCCAUAUGUUGAGAAGAUGAAGAUUAUUAAAUUAUUAAUAUUAUAGAUUAAUAAAUCUGCUCUGGAGGUGCACUGGAGGCUUCCUCUCAAGUGUGACAGUAGAUCACCCAGAAGAGCUGUUUUGGCAGCAGUGGUGAUUAGUUACUCAUUGUUGGAUAUGCCUUCAAUUACCAGUUGCAUUUUUUUCCAUGGGCAAUCUUGACCUUCAGAUCUGAGGGAAGUGUCUGCUAUGAUAGUCUGUAACUGCUUUGAAGGGACGCUGUAGUGCCUUACUUCUCAGAAAUCAGGGAGUCGCUGCUAUUUGGAACAUAAAUGUGUAUUGGGUAGUGAAUGAGCAAUUAUGCCAAUGAAAAUAAAAUUCUAAAGCUCUAAGUGUCCUGUGAAAACUGCAUGUCAAAUGCUUAUGACAAAAAAAAUCAAUUCUAUGUUUCAGGCUGUUACUAAAUGGUCUGGUUCUGGAUUCUAUUGCUGUGCUUCACUGUUCAUCAUUUCAGAGUUAAAUAAAGAACACCCCACUCUUUGGUGACCUGUC